GGAUCAUAAUGAAUUCAAAGAAAAGCGUUAUUAAGCCAGAUAGGCCUCCUCCUCCAAGCAAUGCAGCUAGAGGGAGCCUCAGCUUGUCAGGCUUCAGUUUCAAGCAGCUUGAAGAUCAGGAUGAGGAAGACCUCACAGCUUUUACUGGAAAAUAUGAAAAAAUUAUUGAAGAAUCUCAAAAGGUGGGGAAAAAAGUCCAAGAGAGAACACCAUCCACAUCAUCAAUAUCAUCUACAUCUUCUGUGCCAGGAGAAAGUAAAUUUCCUGAAAAGUGUUCAAGUGAACCCAUAGUGGAUUCCCAAAAAUCCACAUUAAAAUCCCUUCCAUUAGAAAGUACUAAUUCACCUCUGAGGAACGCUGCUAGGGCUAAAUUGGAGUCAUCAAAGGAGUUAUUUUCUGGGCUCAAAGGUAAAAUCACCGACAAAAUAUCUAGAACUAUUGAGGAGUUUUCUGGAGAUUCUAGCAACAGUCCCAGCCCAGACAAAGAAAGACCUAAGUCUUUUCCCUUGCCUAGAAGUAAUAGUUUUGGGCCUGUUGAAAAAGAAAACAUAAACUUGCUGCACUCAGCACCACCUGAAAAGGAACUGCCCUCACCAGGUCAGGAAAAAGAUAUGGCUAUUGCUAAUGAAAUUAUAGUAUCAUCUUUGCCCCUCAAUAGUCUUAGCCCUAAAGAAAUGUUAGUGUCUUCAUCAGAAGCUGGAGGUCUUUUCCCUGAGGAGUCAAUUUCUAUAGUCGACCACCCACUGGCCCACACAGAUGGAGAUGACGGUUUUGAAGAUGUGAUAGAACCUCAUGUAGUGGAUCCAAAAAAGAACAAGUUAAGUUUAAAUGAAGAUGGAUGUGAAUUUCAUGAUGCACAUUUAGAGGAAGUCAAGGACAUUCAUUCUAAAAUAGAAGUGCUUGAGGAAUAUUUCACCAGUGAACCCUCUGAAGAUUUCACAGGAUUUCCAGGAUUUUCAACUUCAACUCAACUCAAACCCCGCUCAAAAUUGCAUAGACUCAUCAAGAAGAAAGAACCGAAAACUUCUGCUGUUGCUACUAUGUCAGGUUUGCAUUACACACCGGAUGAAGAAAUUGCAGACCCAUUUGAAGCUAGGCUAUCAAAUGAAAUCAAAGAGCAACAUCAAGAUUUGCCACAAGAAGAAAAGAAAUCUUCAUCAAACUUAAUUGAAUCAAAAUCGAGUAAGCUUCUACGACAUUUAAGCCUAGACUCUCUCCCAGUUUUACCAUAUCAAAAGCUGGCCACUGUUAUAAUUGUGAUAUUUGCUUACCUUAUUGUACCGUUGCCAACAUAUGUGUCUGGAUUCCUUAUGGGCGCCUUGCUAACGUCUUCUGGAUGGGGUAUAUACUUGUGGUUAAUGCAACCACCCUCACCGCAAGAACCAUAUGUGCCUCAACCAGUAACAGAAGCACCUUUUCCAGAGAUGAAGGUGACAAAUGAAGCAGAUGAGGGUAUAUACAAAGUAUGUAAUUUUAACAAAUUAAUUUUAGUUUUACUAAGCAUAAAAAAUCAAAUAGAUGAUAUUUAGUAUUUUCAAUUUGAAGUUAAGUGAUUCAUAUAUAAUUUUUAAUUCUUGAAUCCUUAGUAUUGUUGUUCAUCCUUCGCAUGCAAAGAUGACCAGGACCGGCGCUAUAUUCCACAGUGAGUAUGCAGGUGGCCUGGAAAGCUUUCCUGCAUGUGGGAUACACAUUGUGUUUGGUCUUAGUUGAAUUUGAGUUGAUCCUGCUUUUUCUUUUCUUUGGGUGUGAGCAGUGCACUUAUACUCUGAGGAUUGUGCUCCAACAGUUGGUCUGCCACGCCAGCUUGUACAAUCCAUGGCAAGUGUUUCCAAGAAUCAAGGUCAAUGUCCAUGGAUUAGACGGACGCUUUAGAUAGUCCUUGAAGUGUUUUUUCUGCCCACCAACUGAGCGUUCCCCACUAGAGAGUUCACUGAACAUUAGUUGUUUGGAAAGUCUGCUGUCUGGCAUUCUUGCAACAUGCCCUGUGCAUCUGACUUAUCCUUUUUGUAGGAGCUUGUGGAUUUUGCUAAAAUCAGCCCGUUUUAAGACCUUUAUAUCAUGGACUUUGUCCUGCCACCUUAUGCCAAGACAUUUAUGUACACUGCAUAGGUGGAGAUUGUUUAGCUGCCUAGCAUAUCUGCUGUACGCUGUCAUCGUCUUGCUAGCAUAUAGGAUAAAUGUUAAUAUGAUUGCUCUAUAUACUUUCAGCUUAGUGACAAGACUGAGACCCCUUUCCUCCCACACUGUUGCGGAGCCUUCCAAAUGCAACAUUUGCUUUGGAAAUUCAGUUGUUAAUUGUAUCAUCUGUUAUUGACCUGGAGAGGUUGCUGUCCAAAUAUGUGAAUUGUUCCACUGCUUGAAGAUUCUGUCCCUUUCACUGAUAUUUUAUUUUUUUUAAUCUUUUCCUGGAGUUGGCUGGUGCAAGAUCUCUGGGUUUUUUAUAUUGAUGACGAAGCCUUAGUUGUCGCUGGCCUUAGCAAAGCGCUCAAGUAUUUGCUGCAUUUUCAAUUCUGAGGAUUGCAUUUAGGGCACGGUUAUCAGCCAACAAGAGGUCUUGAAUAACCGUUUUUUAAACUUUCGUAAUGGCUUGCAGUCUCCUCAGCCCUUCAUUUGUCCUGUAUCUUAUAGGAAUGCUGUCAGUAUUGUAAAAAAAUGCAUCAUCAGUCAACAUUGCAGAGAAUACCUUGCUAAAAAGUGAUGUGGGUAGGAUACAUUCAUGUUUUACACCAUUAUUUACAGGAAAAGCCACAAAAGCAUCUCCAGAAUUCAUCAUCCUGGCCAUAAUCUUUACUAUUAAACAGUACUUAAUGAUAAGCAAAGAUGGUGUCAACCAGAGAUGCACUUCCUAUAUUCUUUUAAAAGCAUUUAUGUCCAAAUCUGAGCAUUGAAUUCAUUUAAAUUCCGAGAGGAAUUUUUUAAAUUUUAAAAUACUUAUUGCUUUUACAUAGUCGGGUAGGGAACAGCGUUAGAAAUAAAUUUGGCAGAUGAGAAACCUAAAUAAUGUGCUAUUUAAUACUGAUAACUGCUUGCUUUAGCUAAAUAAAAGAACAUACCCCGGUACUGAAAAUAGUAUUAUAGUAAAGCUUUUAGUUAUAGGAUUGAAAGUUUCAGACUUGUUUCUGCCGUAACCUGAAUUUAUGAGAACUUAAGUCAAAUAUGGAUUAUUAGAGAAAAAUUGACAUAAAUUAAGUUGAGGUAAGUCAAAGUAUUUGUAAAUAUGCGGGGAAAAAAAACGUGCAUUACAAUAUCUAUUUAGACAAUUUUGAAUUUAAAAACUUUUAGGAAAACGUCAUAUUAAAGGAUAAUAUAGGAGGGACUGUGUGCAAGCCAUGUAAAGGAAAUAGUGGAAGAAAACUUCUAGUAGAAACGCUCUUUUAAUUUUACUUUCUUCUCCUCAUUUCAAGAUUAAACAUAUCUUAUUCCACUAUUUCUUAAUUAACUGAAAGAAAACCUACUUCUUUUAAUUUUUCAAUGGCCAUUCUGAAAACUCUUGCAGUUUGCAUAAAUAAUAGAUAUUAUGCAAAUAAUUGGCAUAGCAAAUGGGAAGGACAAAGCCAGCUAAGAAUAAGUUUCCUUUUUAACUUAUUGACAACUGAGAACUGACAGACCUAGUCUACCCUAAGAAAACAAACACAGAAAAUCUGUCACAUCUAUGAGAAAUAGUUGUAUAGAUACUUAUAUCUCUUGAGUUCUUCAUAUUUCUAUGGUUAUAGGAGGGAAAACUGCUACACUGUCUAACUUUUAUAUAUACCAGGUAUUAGGUUUAUUUUUUUAUAUCUUCACUACUACUUGAGUAGACACUCCAUUAAAUGUUUAAAGCAGUGUUUAAUUAUUAUUUUUUACAUGAAUAUUUUCUGUCAUAUUUUUUUAAAAUGUUAUUUCAGGGCUGGAUGAAUGAGCUAACAGAUUACAAUGAAAAUGAUUACCAUAUCAACAAAACUCAUUCAGUUUUCAUCUGCUUAGAGGGUGUACACCUGAGAAUGCAACGUCCUAGAAACCCUAUUCCGAAACGUGCCAUGUUUGAUGAGAUCCUGCCCAUACCUGCUUGGAUUCACCAACGUCACUUUGAUCUUCCUGGAUCCACUGUGUACCUCCUCCCCAAUGGACUUGUCAAGAAGCGAAUCUGGAGCAAGAAAUACCCAAUCUGUAUAUCCCUGCCUAAUACCAAGCAGUCAAGUGACAACACUAACAAAAUCAAACAUAUCUCCUCUGAUCCCCUCAUGGGAAGUCGAAAGAAAGGAAAGCAAACUGACAUGGGUUUCUUGUUGGUUUCAGAAGAGAAGUGUGAGCACAAUGUCCUGUUUCUUUUUGCCAGGACUGGUCGGGAAAAAGAGGAGUGGUUCAAAAGGUUCACUGCUGCUGCCAAUGGAACACCUUUAGGUAGGAUCAGUUACUGUGCCUGUGUGGUGGGGGCGGGGGCAUUAGAGAGGAGACAGGAAGAGUGCUGGAGUUUGCUAAUAUUAUCAAGCGUGUCAUCCCUUUGAGAUUAUAUCACAUGUUACAAGACAACUUACAAAUUUCACAAGGAGCCAGCAAAUAGUCUAUUCAAUUAAUUAUCAAUAGUGUAUUUAUCCCUAUGGCACUCGGGGGGACAAACACCAAUGGUCUGCAAUUAUUAACUGAUAAUUUAAGGUGUCAGAUAGAUUAGCGACUGUAACAUUAUUUUGCUUAUGAAAUCUUAUUGUGUCCCAUCACAUAAAAAGGCUAAUGAGAAACUGCAGACAUGCAACAACCAACCAGAAAUUAGUUGCUCAAAGUUAAAAAAUGCUGCCCAUAGUGAUAGGUGCAUAGGUUUAGUUUUUAAAUGGUGAAAAUGCAUGCGUCAGUGCAUCAUUAGUUUCUAAAACAAAAUGGUUUGAGGAAAAUUGGAAGAUUUUAGCUAAUACUUCUCAAGGUUGACAUACUAGGUAAGUCAUAACAGGGUUAGUUAAACUUUGGGGAAGCUCAAAAUGGUUAAAGGGGUCAAAGCUAAAAGUAAGGUCAUGUGCAAUUUUAUUUUAUCAUUCUUUUAAUAGCCAGGGAAAACUGGUACAAACUUGUGUUAGUAACUUACACAAUAAGACUAUGCUAAAAAAGCUAUAAAAUACUAGAAACUUCUUUCAUUUUAAAUGUACAACAGAAAAAACUUCACAAGCAGACCCAAAAAAAUAUAGACUAAUACAUUUUUUAUAAAUUUAAGAAAUCCUUUGCUUUGUAAAUAUAUGGGAAUGUUUUUUUAAUUAAUAAAGAACAUCACUAUUAUCACAAGUACCUAAUUAACAAUGUGGUAGUAAGAAUAUGAUUGGAUUUUGUUAUGACUGGACAGUUUUACCUCAUUGAUUGAAAACUUCAGUGUAUUCAAAUGGAUUGAAUUUUGUCUCUUUGUGACUCAGGUAAUCAUAUUUUAGAGCUGCGACGAGUUCUGUCACAGAGUUUAACAACUGUUAAAAAGAAUACUGAUGCUGUACCAAGAACCAAGCGUGAAGGCUCCACAGAGUCUGUGGGGUCUGUGUCAUCACUAGCUGAUGCUCUUGAAGACCCUGAUGUUCAAAAGGAAAACAGUGUGAGUUUUCUAAGCCAGCACCAGGUUUUAUUUUAAUUUUUGAUUGUGUUAGUAAAUGUUUUCUUUUUUUUUUUUUUUCAGAAAGAGACAUACACUGUGAGUGUAUAUAUACACAUAGUGAGGCCUCAUAUCACAAAUUUAAUUAGUCCAUAAAUAUUUGUGUGAUAUGCAAGGCUGAUGGUCGGAAACACUUUGAAAUUUGAAAAUUUCCAACACGUAAUUAGUAAGGGAAUAAUAAGGUUAUCAUGUGGGGCUUUUGUCGUACAAGGCUUCACUGUGUAUCUUUAAUAUAUUUAUUUACAUAUAUAACCAUGACUAGCAGAUAAACCAUGCCUUGUAAUGGCUGUUAUGGAUCCACCAAUACAUUAUUUGAAAAUCUAGAAAAACGUUAUUAUUUUCAAUGAAUUUUUUUUUUAGUUUCAAUUGGGGGGGGGGGGAUUUAUUUUUUUUAGCAUUUUUUAUUUUUAAUUUGUGGCAUUUUUAAUUUUAAAUUUUUUUUUAAUUUAUAAUUAUUAAUUUUUUUAUAUUUUAUUAUGGAUCCACCAAUACAUUAUUUGAAAAUCUAGAAAAACGUUAUUAUUUUCAAUGAAUUUUUUUUUUAGUUUCAAUUGGGGGGGGGGGAAUUAAUUUUGAUAGCAAUUGUUAAUUUUAAUAUCUGGCAAUUUUCAGCUUAAAUAUUUGUUUAGAUUAUAAAUUAUAAAUUUUUUCUACUUUUGUGAAAAUACUAGAAUAGUAUAGCCAUUGAUUUUAAAAUAACAGAUUUGCAGUGAAAGAUCAGUCAUUUGUAUUUUUUUUUGGAUUUACAGAUUCAAAAAUUUUUAAUUGGGUUUCCUUUGUUCUGAUGCAAAGUUUUCAUAAUGUCAGAUUUAUUUUCCAACAGUAAAUUUAUAACUUUUACAAAAGAUAUUCAAAAUUAUCCCAGAAUGUUGAAGUUGGCAUUUUUCUUAUUUUAUGAACAAACACAGGACAAAAUUUCUCAUGUAUAAAAUACAGAUACCGGUAUAUUUAAUAUAAAUUUAUUUUCUUUGGCUAUAAAAUUAAAACUUAACUAUCUGGUUUGAGCAUCACCACAGGGGGCACAGCUAAUUUGUUUAAGAAAUAUAACAAAGUAGUUGAAAUCCUGAUUAAAUACAAUACAAAAAAAAAGUGAACGUUUCAGCAAAGAAGCCUUCGACGGUAAAAAUGCAGACAGACAAACUCAUCUUGUGCAGAUAUGUAGUUGAAAGUAAUGUUAGAUAUAGUCAAUUAUAGAAUCAUCCUAUGAAAUCAAAGAAUUUGCUUAUGCGAUUAAUAGGCAACAUAACAAAUUAGAAACAAAUAAAUAAAUAAAAUAUAACAACUUAAGAGAGAAAUUGAAGAUUACAACAAAAAAACAGCAAGGACUGCGUAGGUAAGGUUAGCAUGGAUUGCGGACGUGAACAUGGACAUAACACAGAAGGCAAAUGGGCUCUUGCUUUACCUACAGAUAUUUGGAACUCUAGGCUAAUACAAAAAGAGUGAAAAUAAUUAGAAUGUUAAGUUUUCACUGUUCGUAUGGUUCACAAAGAUGGAGGUCAGAGAAGAAAGAUUGGAAAAGACUUCAAACCUUUAUGCAUAGAAACCAUCUCAUCUUGUGGUUCUACAAAAUCACAAAUAAAUCAAAUACAUAAGUCAUAAAAAGAAGAAGGGAAAAGAAUCUUACUUUAAAUAGUCAUGACAUAUAUACAAGGGGACGAAGAGAGAAAGAGUUAGCAAUUAAAUGAGGACAUGACAACUUACAAGCUUCUUGGCCCAAAAAAUACACUUUUUAAAAAUUGUCCUUCAGGUUUUCCUCUACCCUGUUUAUAUUUUUUAUUGGUUCAACCUGAAUGCAAUCCUCCCUGUAUUUAUCUUAUAGUUGGUUUUAGCGGAUUUUAUUUUAUUCAAUUUAGCUGGAUCCUUGAUUUCCUAUUCUGUACCAUAAAAUGCACUGAAAUAUUUUGAACCAGUAUGGAAGAAAAAAAGAUGUUUUUUUAACUUCCAUAUGAACAGAGCGCAAUAAACAACAGUGCUGGUGUGUAGAAAAUACUUAUCAUAUAGUAAAAUCUUUAUUUAAUUUUUAAAAUGAUGUUUCUUCAGAAAGAGAACUUGUUAGAUUUUGCUCACUACAUGGGUCGUUUGAUGCCUGCUGGGACCUUGUCUCCCAGUUCAAGCCCCACUCAUUCUGUUCAGAGUAAGGAGCUGGUAAAGAGCACCAGUACGAAAGAGUUUAAUAAAAAUGCAACUGGAAAAGAGACGGAUGACAAUAAGCCGGUCAGCCCACCUGGCAGCAUUCAAUGUGAUAGUCAGCUGUACUGGGUCAAUGCACUCAUUGGCAGGUGCUUUUUUGAUUUCCUGCGGGAUAAAUGGUGGAUUGACAAAGUGAAACAAAAGUUGCAGAGGAAGUUGAGUAAGAUUCAUGUGAGUUUUUAUAAAACUAUGCUUGUUAAGCCAGAUUUAAUAAAGAAUUAUACACCUUUAUUGAUUUUAUUUAUAUGUUUGCUAUAAUCUAAGCACUUUUAUUAUGUCAAACUUGAUAUCUUUACAUACUGGUUAGACAAAAUUUUUGCUUUACAAUAGUCAUGAUUUAUCUGUUAAUAGUUAAGGAAUAAUUUUUAAAGAAAUACUUGAACUAGAUAGUACGACAUUUUCAAUUUUUUUUAUUAUUUAUCAGGUGCCAUAUUUUAUAGAGGAACUGAAAGUAACAAAAAUUAAUCUGGGAAAUGAAAUGCCGGCUAUUGAGCAUGCUGGUAAACCCUAUUUAGAUGAGCGGGGUUUAUGGAUAGAAAUGGAUGUUCAAUACACAGGGGGAUUUACAAUGACCAUUGAAACUAAGAUGAAUCUCAUGAAGCUAAAAACGUCUUCUCAAACAUCAAGCACCACUGAGCAUUCUGUGGACCAGGUCAAGUGAGUUUUAUUGCUGUUGCAGAUGUGUUUUAAUAAAUAUAUAUAUGUGAACUAUCUGUACUUAAAUAAAUUCAGAAUAUAAAAAAUAUAAUUUGGAAACUUAAACCAGUCACUAAACACUCAAUGACAUAAAAUAACAAACACCCUUAAUAUCUUUUGUACUUCGAGAGUAAGAUUGUACUAAGAGAAAGAAAUAACCCAAACAGAGUUUGUAAUUUUCUAACUUCCUAAGGUAAUUAAAUAGUAUAUUCAAUAUACUAUACUCAAAAUGACAGCUUUGCUGAGUAAAAAAAAAGUGUUUUGUGGUAAAAAAAAUGUCUACUGCCCACUAAAUAAAUGAGCAUUUGUCACACAAAAAAAAAAAAUCUACAUGUGUGACAACUGUUACUGCUCUAUAGAUAAAUUUACAUCUAAUGACAACUGUUACUGCCCUCUACAUAAAUUUAUGUGUUUUAACUUAUACUGCCCACUAGAUAAAUCUACAUAUAUGACAACUUUGAAUUUUGCACUUAGGACAAUCUUGCUCCCAUUAGACUGUUGGGCUAAUUUAAAUUUAAUUCCCUUUCCUAAAAACUUAACAGACCAUUCCUUUUUCUGUAAAGACAGACAUAAGACUCUGGCUCUUUUUAAACUAUUGAGCAGAUUCAACAUACCAUAUUUACUUGUUCAUAAGCCUAUUCAUUCACAAGCCCAUUCCUUUAAUUUUCACUAGGGAAAGCUUGAAAAGAGUGUAACAUACUCAAAAUCUGACCCCCAUAUAAUAAUAUGCCAUUAGAAGCAAUACAGUGCUGAAAGAAAAAACUUUUAUUAAUUCAAACUUUUAAAAAUGAUAAUUGUGUAAGUAAAAGACAAAUAAUCAUACAGUAUUAUGUAUAACACAGAUAAUCAUUUUCCAUGUCUACCAAAAUAUUCGGUAACUAUACUGAACAAUUCCAAAAGUAGUACCUCCAGGAUCUACAAUAACAAUUUCAUUCUUCAAUGUAGGUACUUUACAGCAGUUGCAUUAUGACGACAAAACAUGUGACCCAUCUUGCACACAGAUUUAUGUUGAUAUGCUAAUAAAUUUUUAUUUAUCGUUUUCUAUAAUGGAAUUAAUGUACUUGGGAAAUUUAUAAAAAAUCUCCCAUCACCAUUCCCCUGAACUAUUUCCCCCCAAAAUUUUGAUUAUGAAUGAUUAUAUGCAUUAUGCCUGCAAUGCGUUUUCAAGUCUUAGACUUAGAAUGUAUUUAAUAAACUUAUUUGGUUGAUUUUUGAGGCACAGAGGUUUUUCUUUAAGUUUGUGUCAGCUCGGGAGGACAUUUACCAGUUGGAAAUCAGAUUCUUUUUUUUUUUAAAUAUUUAUAUUUAACCUUGUGUAAAUGAUAACUUUCAUUUGUACAGUUGAUAAUGAAAAUCAAAUUUAUUAUAAACAUGUAUAAUGAGGGUAAUUUGAUUGUUUGAAGGUCAGCUGUGACAGAUUCCGAAGAAGAAGACAGCGCUGAAUCAUCAACAGAUGAUGAGGAAGAAACACCAGCCAAUGAUGAAAGGUAGUUACUUUAGGAAAAUUUAGACUGUGCAUCUUCAUGUUUUGCUAAGAAAAUUUUGUCAAACUAUUUCAGUUUACCUAUAAGUCCUGUGGGUUUUUAAAGAAAUGAUUCACAGCACAAGGAGCGAAUUCAAAUAAUUAUAUUUAAUUUAGUGCAGUACUGUAUUCAACCCAGAUGUAAACAAGACAUUGCAUUUCUGUACGGGUUAGUUACUCAAAGGUUGCCUACCACUCUCCUAAAAGACAAAUAAAAAGUCUUGAAAUGGAAAAAAAACUCACGCUUAGUGUGAAUUAAUAAAAAUUUAAUCUUUCAAAUGAUUUAAAAAAAACAAAAAAAUACACAGUCCUCCAAAUGACUGGCUUAUUCUCUUAGUUGGCAAUAAUGAACCUGAAACUGAAAUCUGACAAGUUUUUGAGAGGACUAUUAAUACUGUUGAUACAUUUGAAUCAAUGCCUUAAGAAAUGAACAGUUCCCUCUGAGCAUUUGCCGUCACAUCUGCAAUGUCAACAUAAUUUUUUCCUCAGUUCUUCAGGGGGUGGUACCAGUAGGAAACUAUUACGCUACCUCAACAAGAUAACUCAGUCCAAAUACUUUCACAAAGCUACCGAGUAUGGGGUCAUCAAACGUGCCAUGGAAAAUGUCUCCAACACCCCGCUGACUUUGACUGUCACACUUAUAAAAUUAAAUGGAAAACUUGCCCUCAAUAUUCCUCCUCCACCGUCCAAUAGACUUUGGUAAGCUCACAUACUUUAUUUAAGCUGUGUAAUACUGAACAUAUAAUUUCCCAGUAGCAGGUCCAGAAUAAGUAAGCAUCAUAGGUCCCCAAAAGCAUCAAAGAUUUAUGGCUGUGGGGAAAAAAAUGGAGGAGGGUGGACAACAUUGGCAAAAUAAAUCAAAUGAUCAUGACAGAAUUUUUUUUAAAUUAUAUUUUCUUAAAUGAAAUCUAUUUAAUGCAAAAACUAAGAGAGGGUGUCUGCAUCCAAGUCUCUGAGAUGAGUUGCUCUGUACAGAGUUAAAAUGCAUGCAGGUGUUGCCAGGACCUCCCCCCAUUUUCCAUUUGCUUAAUUUUUUAAACUUGAAUCGCUAUUUACCCUCCAGAAGAUGGCUAUGUUUAAAUGCCAUAAGAUAAUUCUGUCAUUUGUGUCAUGUAUAUAUAUAAAAAUAGAAAUUUAAAAAAUAAAUAAAAAAUCAACUGAUGUUUACUAUAUUUUUGAGCCCUUAUACUUCUGUAUGUCUUCAUUUAGGUAUGGUUUCCGACAGAACCCAACACUAAUUCUUAAAGCUAAUCCACAAGUUGGUGAAAGACAAGUUACAAUAACCCACAUUACUGAGUGGAUUGAGAAGAAAUUGACCAUUGAGUUUCAAGUAAGUUAUUUGAACAUGGUUGGUAAAAUUUAUUACUGUUGUUGAAUCAGUAAUUAUUUUAUAGUCAACUAAAUUCAACAUCUGUUUUAGAGAGAUAUGAAAAUUAAGACUUUUGUAUAUACAAAGUUAUAAUUAAUUAUGUUAAUUAUAGUAAGUUAAGCUAGGUGUGUCAGAACUAUUAUAUUUUUUUAUAUUAUAUCUAACACAAAGUCAAACUACAAGGCUAACACAAUUACAUGGCUUUUCUAAUGCCUGCACAAACUUCGGGCUCACCAUUAACACAAAAAAACUGAGGUCAUAUACCAACCAGCUCCUCGAAGCCCUUAUGUUGAGCCCAACAUCCAAGUAUAUGGCCAAAGACUUACUGUGGUGAAAGGCUUUUCCCAUCUCGGCAGCACACUGCCCCAAAGUACAACCAUCGAUGACGAGGUUAACCUCAAUAUUGCGAGAGCCAGUGCAACCUAUGGAAGAUUGUCUAAGAACGUAUGAACCAGGAGAGGUAUCAACACUCAUACUAAACUGAAGGUAUAUCAGGCGGCUGUUCUCCCUAUGCUUCUCUAUGCCUGUGAAACUACGUUCUUCCAUUGACAGUAGAACCCUCUCAAUCCCAAGAACUAAAACUAAGACCAUCGGUGAACGCUCAUUCUGCUUCCAUGGGCCCACGUUCUGGAACCAGCUCCCCUUCCAUAUACGUCAUAGUGAAACCUCGUCCAUUUUCAAAAAGUCCCUUAAAACUCAUCUGUUUAGGUCCGCCUAUGACCUGUGAUGCACCCUCCUUGCCCUACCUAAUUUUCUGUUUCGGUUUAAUCCUGAAGUGUCAAAGUGUCCUCUUUUUAUAGCCAUUUUCAUUGUUUCUAUAGAAUAGUAGUUACUAUCCUUGUGUCUCAUUUGUAUUUACUUAGUUUACAUGUUUUAAUAAUUGUAAAGCGCUUAGAGCUUUAUGAUAAGCGCUAUAUAAAAAUGCCUAAAUAAAUAAAUAAAUAAAUAAAUAAACGUGGACGGUCUACCAACGCCAUGCAAGAAUGCUGAACCACUUUCAUACAACACUCAGAAAAAUCCUCAACAUUAAAUGGCAGGACAGGGUCCCAGACACUGAGGUGCUCACACGAGCAGGUCUCCCUAGUAUCUUCACAAUCUUGAUGAAGUCCCAGCCUUGGUGGGCGGGACAUGUGGGAAUGUCAGAUGACCGUCUUCCCAAAAGAAUUUUCUAUGGUGAGCUUGAACAAGGAAAGCGGUCUGCUGGGUGACAGAAAAAGCACUUUAAAGACAACAUAAAAGCCUCACUGAAAGCGUUCAAUAUAAACCCAGACACAAGCGAGGAGGAACAAGCGAAGGAUUGAACUUCAUGGCGUUACACUUUGCACAGGAGCUCCAUGCAACAUGAAGUUGGCAGAGCAACGGUUGCAGAGCGCAAGAGACAUGCAAGGAAGGCCCGGUCUGACUCUGCUCCCCGAGAUGCGCCAUCAUUCCCCCUGCACCUAUGGCACAAGAGAAUUUCAUGCCAGAAUCGGCCUCAUUAGCCACCUGCACAGAUAGAACCAUCACACAAACUCACAAUUUGAUUAAAGUGGUCAUGGUCGACUCCCGAACAACAAGUACCAGGAAAUGACACACUUGGUGUAUUACAAACCCAAGCCAUACCAGUAAAUAAAUCAACACAAAUCUGGGCAAUUUAGUAGAUGGGGCUCUUCAACCUAUGACUGCCUCUGCUGCCUUGGGGCUAAACUUUCCAUUGACAAUGCUCUCUGAAAAAUCGAAGAUGGGGGGUCUCGAAGAAGGUCUGACGGUGGAAAUCUGGCAACUCCUGAGAUGUCGUUGGUAUGAGCCUUUUGAGGUUUCCUUGGGUUCACCAGCUGCAUGGAGAUUUGGGGAUCUGCAGCUUGGGCAACAAGAGAUACCUUUUUUUUUUUUUUAUUUAAAUAUUUUUUUGGCUUGAUGUCCAGUGAGAUUAAACUAAAAUAUUAUUAAAUCUGCAUUAACUGCAAAUGAAUCUAUGCCCCUAUGAUCUAAUUCUAGCUUCAAGCUUUUUUUUAGAAACUAAACCCUGUUAUUUUUAUUAUGCAUCAGUGUAUAUAUUAGAUUCAGAAAACCUAACAUUUAUGAUUUCUCUAUCUCCAUUGCAGCGUGUGUUUGUGAUGCCCAACAUGGAUGAUUUAGUGAUUCCAAUUCUUGUGCCAGGACCAAUCAACGGGGCAACAAUCUCCCACUCUGUUUCUUUGUGAUAAAAAUAUGUGUGCAGUGAGAUAUCCCUGAGGUUGGCAGAAAGACAGCAGAGUUAUGAUGUAGCGAUUCGGUGGAUAUUUCUGUAUUGCUAUGUCAAGAUCACAGCCACGUGUUUAAAGCCCCAUUUUUUAUGGUAGAAAUGUAAACACAUUAAAGGGUUCUCUUAAUUAUAAUUUAUUUAUAUUAUUUACAAUGAUUGUAGAAUUAUUUGUUGAUGUAGCACAUUUUGGAUAAAGGUGAUCAGUUGUUAUGUCCACAUCAAUUAAAUGAAAGAAUAAAAGAUGAACAUUCCUAAUAGUUGAAUAAGACAAGCACAUCAAUACCAGGCUUGAAGAAAAGAUGGUCUAACAGUUCUAAGAAAGGAGAUUUCAGUGAGAAAUCAAAUGGUAAGGGAGAAAGUGAUAGAUUAGAGAGAGGGGG